AAACCUUUUUAGUAUUUGAUUUGAGUGAGGUUGGUCGGUUCUAGCUUCUUUCUUGUUUCCUAUAUAACCUAUAACCGGCAAUAGAUCACGUUUUACGAAACCAAGUUUCCAAUAAGAGAAUUUUCGAGAAAUAAAGUUUGAAAUAUUAAUUAUUACUCCGUUUAACCAUUCCAAUCAAAUUAAAAAUGCUUCGUUUGCCUCGUGCUGUCCGUCAAACGUUCUCACUUCACAAGUCUCAUCAAAUUGCAAGAUUUUACGCCAAAGAUGUGAGAUUUGGUGCUGAUGUAAGAGCCCUCAUGUUGCAGGGUGUAGACGUUCUCGCAGAUGCUGUCGCCGUUACAAUGGGUCCCAAAGGCAGAAAUGUUAUUUUAGAACAGUCUUGGGGUUCACCGAAGAUUACGAAAGACGGAGUGACAGUCGCCAAGGGUGUCGAACUAAAGGACAAAUUCCAGAAUAUAGGUGCAAAAUUGGUUCAGAACGUUGCCAAUAACACAAAUGAAGAAGCUGGCGAUGGUACAACCACGGCUACGGUCCUUGCACGAGCAAUUGCCAAAGAGGGAUUCGAGAAGAUAUCGAAGGGCGCUAACCCUAUUGAAAUAAGAAGAGGAGUAAUGCUAGCCGUAGACACCGUGAAAGAGAAGUUAAAGAAAAUGUCGAAGCCCGUAACAACGCCUGAGGAGAUCGCGCAGGUCGCUACGAUUUCUGCGAACGGUGAUGUCGCCAUCGGUCAGCUCAUCGCCGACGCCAUGAAGAAGGUAGGCAGAGAUGGUGUGAUCACGGUAAAAGAUGGCAAAACUCUCACUGACGAACUAGAGAUCAUUGAAGGUAUGAAGUUCGAUAGAGGUUAUAUUUCACCAUAUUUCAUCAACUCAUCAAAGGGAGCUAAAGUAGAGUUUCAAGAUGCUUUAGUCUUGUUUUCUGAAAAGAAAAUUAGCAAUGUACAAACUAUUAUUCCUGCAUUGGAAUUGGCCAAUCAGCAAAGGAAACCUUUGGUUAUUAUCGCUGAAGACGUUGAUGGUGAGGCACUUUCAACUCUUGUUGUAAACAGACUGAAAAUUGGUCUGCAAGUGGCAGCUGUUAAAGCUCCAGGUUUUGGAGACAACCGCAAAUCCACCCUUAGUGAUAUGGCCAUUGCUACUGGUGGUGUUGUAUUUGGAGAUGAUGCUAACCUCAUUAAGCUGGAAGAUGUACAGCCAUCUGACCUGGGCCAAGUUGGUGAGGUUAUCAUCACAAAAGAUGACACUCUGCUUUUGAAAGGUAAGGGCAAGAAGGCUGAUAUUGAUAGGAGAGCGGAGCAGAUCCGUGAUCAAAUCCAAGAGACUAAUUCUGAGUAUGAGAAGGAGAAACUGCAGGAGCGACUUGCUAGGUUAGCUUCUGGUGUGGCUGUUUUGCAUGUUGGAGGCUCUAGCGAGGUGGAGGUGAAUGAGAAAAAGGAUCGUGUCAACGACGCCCUGAACGCCACAAGGGCUGCAGUCGAAGAAGGCAUUGUUCCCGGAGGUGGUUCUGCUUUACUCAGAUGUAUUCCAGAGCUUGAAAAGCUUUCAACCUCCAACAAUGACCAGGCGACUGGAGUUGAAAUUGUGAGGAAGGCUCUAAAGAUGCCAUGCAUGACGAUUGCACGCAAUGCUGGUAUUGAUGGGUCAGUUGUUGUUGCCAAAGUAGAAGAUCUGGGACCUGAAUUUGGUUAUGAUGCACUCAAUAAUGAGUAUGUGAACAUGAUUGAGAAAGGGAUCAUUGAUCCCACAAAGGUUGUGCGAACGGCCCUCACUGAUGCCAGUGGAGUUGCCUCAUUACUCACCACAGCGGAAGCCGUGAUCUGUGAAAUUCCACAAGAAAAGGAGCCUAACCCCAUGGCUGGCAUGGGAGGAAUGGGUGGUAUGGGAGGCAUGGGUGGUAUGAUGUAAAGAGAAUGGACCUGACUGUUUGUGCAUUUAGUGUAUAAGGAACUCCAGUGUGACAUAUUGUUGGGGAUUGCAAUGAUCUUUACUAUCACCCUUGUGUGAAUGAGUAGUUUCAUAUAUUAUUAAGUCUGAUUGUGUUACAAAGAUAGUAGAAUUAUUUAGUUUUAAUGUUUGCUUGAGUAUGCGAGCAUAUUGUUAUUUUUAAUAAUAAAAUAAUGAUUUAUUAUAAUAUAAA